CCUCACUGGCUCCACCAAGUUCCAACCUCAAACAGCAUCAUCAAAACAAAACGUCCCACUUGCCGUAUUAUCCAUUUCCUGUCCUUUUCUCCACCAACACACACCAGCAUGAAGCUAUAUUAAUUGAAAAUUAGUUAACUAUAUUAUUUACUAAAUAUUGGAUCUACCUUCCGCUUAAUAGUUUUAUUAGUGAAAGCUCAGAGAUCUCAGAUCUACAACGUAAUUUGGAAAGCGAGUGAAUCCGUGACAGAUUGAUACGUGCAGGUCUCGGAGAGGCACAAGGGAGGGCAGCUGGCAGUGACACGGUUGUGAAAAGCAAAGUUCUGUGUCUCUUGGGCUUUUGUCUUGGACGAAUGAGGAGAAUCUGUUAUGGCUUUUUCUGCAUCUGAUGAUAGCUGAACCACUAACCACGCCCUUCUGCUUCUGCUUCUGGUUCCCUGGAAGGUAAAAUUAACCACUUCUUUAGUUUUCAUGUUCGAUUUAGACAUCUGGGUUCCUCUUGUUUUGCUUUUUUGCUUGUGUCCGUUGUGGUUUGUCUUGUGUUGAUUGUGUUGAAGCUGUGAUCUGUUUUGCUCCAGUAGAGGUCACAUAAGCAAGGAGGAUCCUGUUUUUGCUUGAUUUUUGAGGUGGGUUAACAAGAACUGGUUUGAUAUUACUUCCUUGAUCUGGGGUUUCUCUUGCAGUGUUGAGUUUAGUAAUCACUGUUGAGAGGAUUUGAAUUCUGGAAAAAAUGAGAGGAGCUGUGUUUGUGGCUGUUGCUGCAGCUAUUGGUAACCUCUUGCAAGGAUGGGAUAAUGCCACCAUCGCUGGUGCUGUUAUGUACAUAAAAAAAGAGUUCAAAUUGGAGAGUGAACCCACUAUAGAAGGCCUGAUUGUAGCCAUGUCUCUUAUUGGAGCCACCUGCAUUACAACAUGCUCCGGAGGCAUAGCUGACUGGCUUGGACGCCGCCCUAUGUUAAUUAUCUCAUCCGUCCUUUAUUUUGUUAGUGGUCUUGUAAUGUUGUGGUCUCCAAAUGUUUAUAUCCUACUUUUGGCUAGGCUUUUGGAUGGCUUUGGAGUUGGUUUGGCUGUUACCCUGGUCCCAGUUUAUAUAUCUGAAACUGCGCCACCUGAGAUAAGGGGAUUGUUGAAUACCCUUCCCCAGUUCACAGGUUCCAUUGGAAUGUUUUUGUCAUAUUGCAUGGUUUUUGGAAUGUCAUUGAUGAAGUCACCAAGUUGGAGAUUAAUGCUCGGAGUUCUUUCUAUUCCCUCCCUCAUAUAUUUUAUAUUAACUAUCUCUUUCUUGCCUGAGUCACCACGGUGGCUUGUAAGUAAAGGGAGGAUGGUUGAGGCUAAAAAGGUUCUACAGAGGCUGCGUGGCAGGGAAGAUGUUGCUGGUGAGAUGGCUUUACUGGUGGAGGGACUUGGGGUUGGGCGUGAAACAUCCAUAGAGGAGUAUAUAAUUGGACCAGUCACUGAUGAUACCAAUGACCAUGAUAUAGCUGCAGAUAAAGAUCGGAUAAAGUUAUAUGGACCUGAAGCAGGCCUCUCCUGGGUGGCCAGACCUGUUACUGGUCAGAGUACUCUUGGUAUUGUGUCUCGGCAGGGGAGUAUGGCCAACCAGAAUGUGCCUCUCAUGGAUCCUCUUGUCACCCUCUUUGGCAGUGUCCAUGAGAAUGUUCCUCAAACUGGAAGUAUGCGAAGUAUGCUUUUUCCGCACUUAGGCAGCAUGUUCAGUGUGGCUGGAGGUAAUCAACCUAGAAAUGAAGAGUGGGAUGAGGAGAAUGCUCCAAGAGAAGGAGAGGGAUAUGCAUCUGAGGAUGCUGCUGAUGAGUCUGAUGACAAUUUGCAGAGUCCACUUAUCUCACGUCAGACAACCAGCAUGGACAAGGACAUUGUCCCACCUGCCCAUGGAAGCCUUGCAAGCCUGAGAAAUAGUAGUUUGCUGCAAGGGAAUGCAGGAGAAUCAGGAAGCGUGGGAAUUGGUGGUGGAUGGCAGCUAGCAUGGAAAUAUUCUGAGAGAGAAGGCCAGGAUGGAAAGAAGGAAGGGGGAUUUAAAAGAAUUUAUUUGAAAGAAGAGGGUGUCCCUGCAUCUAGGCGUGGGUCAAUAGCUUCUCUACUUGCCAGUGAUGCUGCUGCCCCAGAGAGUGAGUUUGUCCAGGCUUCUGCUCUGGUAAGUCAGCCAGCUCUUUAUUCCAAGGAUCUUAUGAAACAGAAUCCAGUAGGACCUGCCAUGCUUCAUCCGGCUGAGGCUGCAACAAGUCCAGGUUGGAGUGAUCUCUUUGAACCUGGAGUCAAGCAUGCUUUGGUUGUAGGUGUGGGAAUUCAAAUACUUCAGCAGUUCUCUGGCAUUAAUGGGGUUCUCUACUAUACUCCUCAAAUUCUCGAGCAGGCAGGAGUUAGUGUUCUUCUUUCAAACUUGGGCCUUAGCUCAUCUUCUGCAUCUCUGCUUAUCAGUGGCCUUACAACUUUGUUGAUGCUCCCGAGCAUUGCUGUUGCAAUGCGACUUAUGGACGUUGCGGGUAGACGGAGUCUGCUACUGAGCACAGUCCCAAUCUUGAUAUUAUCUCUCCUCAUUUUAGUGUUAGGAAGUGUUGUGGACAUGGGUAAUAUCGUGCAUGCUGCAAUCUCAACUGUCAGUGUUGUGCUCUAUUUCUGUUUCUUUGUCAUGGGGUUCGGGCCAAUCCCCAACAUACUUUGUGCAGAGAUCUUCCCUACCAGGGUUCGUGGCCUCUGCAUUGCCAUAUGCGCCCUCACGUUCUGGAUUGGCGACAUCAUUGUCACUUAUUCCCUCCCAGUGUUGCUCAAAUCUGUUGGUCUCGCUGGUGUUUUUGGCAUGUAUGCUGUUGUGUGCAUCAUGUCGUGGGUGUUUGUCUUCUUGAAAGUUCCGGAAACAAAAGGCAUGCCUCUAGAAGUGAUUACCGAGUUCUUUGCUGUUGGUGCAAGGCAGGCUGAAGCUGCAAAGAACAACUAAGCUGGUCAUUGAGAGAUUUGAAAUUUUGGCGGUGACCAAUUUUCCUUUGUGUGGUUUUUUCUUAUUAUUUAGAUUUUGGCAAAGUAGGAAGUUUGAUUUAUGUAGAAAGAAAGAAUAUAUAUUUCUCCUGUUUGUUUUGCUUUUUAAAUGACAUUUAAAUUUCUGCA